UGAUCCGUAUUUGGACAGUUUUAAUAAUUUUAAAGUGGAGAUAACUCUAGGUAAACAUGGCUGGAAACCAACGAGACACGUCAACUAUUUGUGUUUUUGAUGUUGAUGGGACUCUGACUGCAGCCAGACAGGAAAUAUGUCCAGAAAUGCAGGAAUUUUUGUUAAAGUUAAAACAGAAAGUACCAGUUGCCUUAGUAGGAGGUUCAGAUCUUGUGAAAAUAGCAGAACAGAUGGGUGCUACUCCUGAUAAACAUGUUUCACAGAACUUUGACUAUUUAUUUGCUGAAAAUGGUCUGGUAGCCUAUCAUAAUGGUAAACAAGUAGGACAAGAGAAUAUACUUAAAUGUAAAGGAGAAGAAUGUUUACAGAAAGUGAUCAAUUUUGCUCUGAAAUAUAUGUCAGAAUUAACAUUACCAGCCAAAAGGGGAACAUUUGUUGAAUUUCGAUCAAGCAUGUUAAAUAUAUGUCCUGUUGGUAGAAGUUGUUCACAGAAAGAAAGAGAAGAAUUUGUAGCUUAUGACCAGGAGCAUAAUAUAAGAAAAAAGUUUGUAGAAAGUUUAUAUGCUAAUUUCCCUGAUGCUGGCCUGAAGUUUGCUAUAGGAGGACAGAUCAGUAUUGAUGUAUUCCCUGUAGGCUGGGAUAAAACAUUCUGUUUACAGUUUAUAGAAAAAGGAGGAUAUAAAACUAUACAUUUCUUUGGUGAUAAAACUGAUCCUGGUGGAAAUGACCAUGAAAUAUAUGCAGAUGAAAGAACAAUAGGUCAUAAGGUCACAUCACCUGAAGAUACAAUGAAACAGUUGAAAGAAUUAUUUUUUAAAGAUUAGAAUAUUUUUUUCUAUACAAACUUGAUAUUGGGACAAUCUAUGGCUUACACUUUACAGAAUGCAUUUCAUUUUUAAGAUGUGUUCAGUAUUAUACCUUAUUAUAUAGUUGUGAAAUCCACUGCUUCUUCUGCGAAUUCAUUUAUGUUCAUGGAUUGAAGAAAAACUGUAUUUUCGGGGAUCAUCGAUUUUGUAGUUUGACCAAAGCUUUUCAUACAAGCCCAGAGAAACUUUAUACUUCAAUGAAAUAAAAAAUAUUCAUGAAAAUGCAUGAAAAUUGAUUUCCCAUGAAUAAUUAUAAAUCCACAGUUAGUGGCAGUAUCAACUGUUGUCUUGGUUGUUUUCUUAGUUGAAAUAAAAGAAAAUAGUUCAUAGUCAAAAUGCUUGUUUACAAAAUAAAAAAUAAUAAUUUUUAGAAUUAAAACGACAAACUUUUUGGUUAGAUAUUCUAUGUACCAAGUACACAUUUUUUUCUGUCAUAUGAUUUAUACUUUAAAUGUUUUGAACACCAAAUGUAUUCAAGAAAUCAUGUUUUGAACUUUUACUUAAAUUUGCUUUAUCUGUCUCUUUACAUGCAGUUACUGUCACAGCUUCAAUUCCAUGCAUUCCAACAGUUGUACUGAACCAUGUUUUAUUUUACUAGCAUAUACCCUUAACUUGAAAACAGUUGUCUCCCUUAGAAAAUUGAUCUGGUAUCUAAUGAAAUCUGGAUAAAUGGCACAAGACCAAAAUUUGCAGUAAAAAAUACAGUAAAAGAACAGAUAUUUUAGACAAUCUUUCAUCAUGGUAUAUACUUGCUAUUAUUAUGCUAUAUACUAGAAUUAUUAUUAAAAAUUAAUAUUACUAUUCAACUAACACAUGAAAUUUUUGAAGUCAGUAUUAAUGAAAUUGAGUCAUAAAGAGCUAAAAGUCUUGUGUUUUGGAUGCUGGUAUCACAAAAAGAGUGCAGACAUAUCUUUAUUUUCCUUGGUUUAAUGUUUACGAAACAUGCAUUCCAGUUGAAUUUUUUCAUUCUCUGUUUUAAAAAACCUUCAAUUGAAAUGAUUUCAUUUUGAAUUUCAGAAGACACCACACUUAAACUUACUUAAGGUAUAACCUUUUGAUCAUAUGGUAUGGUACUGGAAUUGGUCUGAACUCAGAAACGCAAUAUUAUUUUCUAUAGAUUGCAAAUUGGAAUAACUAGGGGUUAUUGAAUUCUUAAUGAAUUAAUUAAUUUAUUGCACUUUUAUAUAAUAAGUUGUUUUUUGUGGUAUACAUUUUUUAUUCAAUUUGUUGGGAUCGAUAUUUAUAUUAAAAUAUAUUUUUUAAAUUGUU